UCCCCAGUGCCCACCCAAAUAAGCCACAGAAAAAUCGGAUUCGCCAUUUGGCCCCAUCCGUGAUCCACUCAUCGUCUCUUCUCUUCUCCUCUUCUCACUGUUGAGUCCGAAACACGCGCGCAUGGAGACCGCCGGCGCCGCCACAAGGACUUCCUUUCAAUCUUCUCACCUUCUCCUCCCCCCCCCACUCUUCUCCUAUAUUUUCUGCUUAAUUUUCUGUCAAGCUUUGGCGUCGCAACCCCAAGAUUAUUCGUCGUCGGCAAUCCUCUCUAGAUUCCAGCAGUACCUACAAAUCAACACGGCUCAUCCGAGCCCUAAUUACCACGAAGCAGCUGAUUUUAUCCUCUCCCAGGCCAAGUCUCUCUCCCUCGAAUCCCAGACCCUCGAGUUCGUCAAAGGCAAGCCCGUCCUCGUCCUCAAGUGGCCCGGCAAGAACCCUGGCCUCCCUUCCAUCCUCCUCAACUCCCACACCGACGUCGUCCCCGCCGAGCAUCACAAAUGGUCUCACCCUCCCUUCGAUGCUCGCGUCCACGACGGGCGAAUUUACGCCCGGGGAUCGCAGGAUAUGAAGUGCGUUGGAUUGCAGUACCUGGAGGCCAUCCGUAAUUUGAAGAGCUCCGGCUUCCAGCCUCUCCGCACCGUCUACUUGUCGUUCGUCCCCGACGAGGAGAUCGGUGGCCAUGAUGGUGCGAAGAAGUUGGCCGAUUCCGACGCUUUCAGGGACAUGAAUGUAGGGAUUGUUCUUGACGAGGGUUUGGCCUCCCCCGACGACUAUUACAGACUGUUCUAUGGGGAGAGGUGCCCGUGGUGGAUGGUGAUCAAGGCUGCCGGGGCUCCCGGCCACGGGGCCAAGCUGUAUGAUAAUACAGCCAUGGAGAAUCUGCUGAAGAGCAUUGAGAGCGUCAGGAGAUUUCGUGCUUCCCAGUUUGAUCUGGUGAAGUCUGGCCUCAAAGCCGAAGGCGAAGUCAUUUCCGUUAAUAUGGUCUUCCUGAAAGCGGGCACCCCUUCUCCCACUGGCUUCGUCAUGAAUCUGCAGCCUUCUGAAGCAGAAGCAGGUUUUGAUAUCCGAGUCCCACCAAAUGCUGAUCCAGCAGCCCUGGAGAAACGAAUUGCUGAGGAGUGGGCACCAGUUUCACGUAAUAUGACUUUUGAGUUUAAGCAGAAGAUUUCUGUCUACAACAAGUUUGGGAAGCCAAUCAUCACAGCUACUGACAAUUCGAAUCCAUGGUGGGGACUGUUGGAAGGAGCCAUUGGCAAAGCAAAUGGAAAGGUUGGAAGGCCUGAGAUCUUUCCUGCUUCUACAGAUGCUCAUAAUUUUCGAGAACUGGGGUUGCCAGCAAUUGGCUUUUCUCCAAUGGCUAACACUCCCAUUCUACUUCAUGAUCACAAUGAGUUUCUGAGGGAGGAUGAGUACUUGAGAGGAAUAAAUAUAUACGAGUCAAUAAUCAAAGCUUAUGCAUCUUAUGUUGAGCAUACAAAAGGUGGAGCCUCUAGGGAAGAGCUGUAAAAUUGAGGCAGGCUGUCAACCUGUACCUGGGCUUCGUAUCCUGCCAAAUUUAUCAGAUACAGGAAAUUGCAUAUCCCCUGGGGGCCUCGCCUUGACGAGAAGCUCGGGACCACCGGUUUGACAUGUCUACUUGCUGUUGCUGUACGAUGAGAUGAAACUUUAAUUUUAUUGCAGAAAUAAGUCUCCUCUCUUGGAUAUUGUAUCAUCAUCACUAUCUUGGUAAGCCUAAUCAGCCAGAACAAAUUGUGAUGCCUUACAUGUUUUGUCUGGUUGAUAAUGUACAAAGUAUGAAGUAGCUAAAAAAGUGAAACAACUCAUUCUAAAAGCUGAUCUUAGCCAAGUAUUUUUAAGAAUUCAA